AUCGAUAAAUUUUGUAAUGUAAUUAUCAACAUAAGUAUGAGUCACCAUUUCUUUGUCAAAGCGCCAAGUUCUGAAGCAACGCUAACGUAAACAACAUGUAGAGUACAUAGUGAUAACAAUGCCUGUUAUUAUUAGUCUUAUUAGUUUUGCCGUUUUGUUUUUAAUUCAUUAGUUUCUUUGUAGAAGUGAUAAAUAUUAAUUAGGUACAAAUUUUUUGUUACUAUAAAUUCACUUUUCUUAUUAAAUUCAAGAAUUUGUUUUAAUUUAAUAUUAAUUGACUUUUAAAUUACAGUUCUAUAUCAAUUUUAUUGUGCCGUUAAUAACAAUGAAAAAAAUGAGAACAAUUUUCAUUUUAGAUGCGGGAGCAUUAUUUUCGUUACAACUACUUCAAUUUUUCAGUCUAGAUUUUUACAUUAUGAUUGUAUUUCAAGAUUCUUGGUAUUCAAGGUAUCCGAAUGCAUUAUUCUUGGUCCUAAACAUUGUGUUGACAUUACUAUUUUAUCAUACAUUCCUCAACUGUUAUAAAGAAUACAAAUACGAACGCAGUAAAAAAACUAAUACUGCAGAAGUUGUAGUACAUAAGACAAAAUAUCCUGUAUAUUUAAAUUGUAUUACUUGGACUACAUAUGUAGUAGUUUUGUUUAGCAAAAUUGUUUUAAUAUUUUCAAAUGAAGUUUUAUCAUUAAUUGGUUAUGAUGACUUCAUGGGACCUCAAAUGCUUAAGCUUCUUAUUGGGUUGUCUGGAAUUGUAUUUUAUUUAUUGGUUAACGCUGAAUGUUUUGGAAGACAAAUUAACCGUGAAAAGUGGCCAACUAAUGCAUGGAUUGUUGAAAUAUUUGAUUCUGUAGAAAUACUAUCAAUAGUCAUAUCAAUCAAUGUUUCUCUUGGUUAUAUAGAAUACUUAAUAUAUGCUACAGCUUUUAUUAACUUCCUUUUACCUGUUUGGAUUUUAUAUAGUUUAUCUCAACCAGAUUUUAAUUCUAAGCCAAUGGGUUUUCCACAGCCCAUAUGUUAUAACUUUAUGCAUUUAAUAUUGGUUCAGAUGCCAUUUCUUGGAAUUCGAUUAUAUAUGUGGGUUGUAUAUAAUCAAAAUGCUUCAGUAUUUAUGAUGAAGAAUCUUUUACACAUGAUAUUCUUUUUACAUUCAAUGUAUCCACAUGUGGUUGAAAUCAGUAAAAAAAAUCAAUAUAGUCCAGAAAAUGGUCUAAUUGAAUGUGAGCCAGAAAUUCUAUUAACUAAUCGUAAACAAGAUGAACCUAUUGCAGUUCUUUAGUUGUUUAAAAAUUAAUUAAAUUAUAUGAAUAUUUUAAUUUAUUAUAUUGACAUUCCAGACUAAUUUUUAAAAAAUUUGAUAAGGAAAAUAAUAUUGGUAAUAAUAUUGGCUAUAUUACUUUGGAUAUAACUUAUUUUUAUUAAUUUAUUUCUAAUUAUUUUAAAACUAAAAAUAAUUUUUGUAUCUAGUAUUCUAUAAACAAUUAAAAAAGUAUUUUAGUUUUAUUAUAAAUUUUUUAUUUAUGAAGUUUUCUUUAAUAUUUUUGUUUAAUUAAUUCUAUAAAAGUUCUAUUUUAUAUUGGUACUAUUUUGAUUUUACAAUUUGCCAUUUAAGUUCAUGUUAUUACAUAUUUAAUAUGUAAGGCAUUUAAAAUUAUUUUUAUUAUAAUUAUUUUAAGUUUGACUUAUUUUGUUCAAUAAUAAUAUCAAUUGCUACAAUUUUGUUAAAUUUUUACUUAAAAUUAAUAUAUAAUAAUAGUUGUAAAAAGUGUAUAUUUUCAUGCUAUUUUUUAAUUUUUGGAGCAAUUGGUUAGUUUUAGGGUGUCUAUUUUUAUUUUUUGUAUACAUUUUAAGAAAGCUCUAAGAUAUAUCAAUAUUGACUUAUUUAUAAUAUAAUUUGCUAAAAGACUAUCAGAAUUAAUUUAUUGUGGAACAAAAAGACUUACUUAAAAAGUAAAAGACUUAUGAAAUAAUAGUAAUUUUUAAUAUUAUACCUAUAUGUAUAUAUAAAUUUAUUGUUCCUAUGAAAAUUUUUAAUCUUAAAAUUUGUAACUCUUUAUAGAACUAAAAAAAUGUAAAAAAAAAAUGAAUUUAUAUUUUUUAUGUAUGAAUCUAAAUUGUUUUACUAUAAAGCUGUAAAUAUUUUAUUGAAUGGAAUUUUUUAUAUUAUUUAUUAUUUCUUUUAUAAAUGUUUAUAUUAACAUUUUUACUAAGUAUAUUUUAAGAAUUAUAAAAUUGAAAUAUUUUGUUUAUUUUUAUUACUUCAUAAAUUAUUUGUGUUGACUUUAUACAUAAUAAAAUAUUUAAUUUAAAAUGAAAAAGUUUGUUUAUGUCGUUAAAUUUGUAUUUCUUGCAGUUCUUUUAUGUUAAUAUGAUUAAACAGUUGGGUAUUAUUCUAUUGUCUGAUCUACUUUAUAAUAGUAUUGUAUACAUACAAAAUGUUCAGUAUGUAAGGAAACGGUUUUCUUCUGUUCUCACUCUGUAUAUAUACAGAGUGUUCAAUAAGUAAGGAAAUAGGUAAAUUGUUAUAAACAAUGAGAACAGAAGAAAUCCGUUUCCUUACAUACUGAACACUAUAUAUUAAUAAUGUAUAGUAAAAGUUUACUCUUGUUGGAUUUUAUUAAACUAUUACUUAUAA